UCGGAGGCGGGGCGGCAGAGACAGCUGGUACAGAGAGAGAGAGAGAGAGAGAGACAGCGGGUACAGCAGCAGUGUAGCAGCUACAGCUACAGCAACAGCAGCAGGAGCAGGAGGCUGGUGGGGAGUGUCUGUUACCACUACCACUACCAGAAGACGACUGGUGGGACAUUAUACCAUGUCCACUGACCCGCCGCCCCACCAUGGACACCCGGUCCAUCACACGCCUAGGCCGUCAUUCAACCAGGAAGAGCUUCGAGUACUUCGAGAAUGCAACAGGGAAUCCUUUUAUUACCGCAGCGUACCUAUCGCUGCGGGUCUUUCGGCAGCUACGUACUUGGCUAUGAGACAAGGAAUCUUGAAAAUGAGUUCGCGAUUUGGUUACACUCCAAAGAUCAUCGGAGCAUCAUUCAUUGGCUAUUUUAUGGGCAAGCUCUCGUAUCAGGGUGCAUGUGCCGAGAAGAUGAUGCAGCUCCCUAACAGCCCAAUAGGUGAAGCUUUACGCAAGAGGAUGGGGCGCGUGGGUUUUCAGGAGACCCUUGGCAUGGAGCCAGGAUUCAUGUUGGGGUAUCCCUCAAGUGAGCUGGGUCCUCCCACAUCUGAUGAGCCCAUCUUUGACGACCAUAGACCAGACCUGAGAGACCACAACGAGGGUCUGGAUGAUUACGAGCGUGGAGUUACUGAAUCACUAACUCCUUACACAGAAGCCUCCUCAAGUGCAUCACAACAGUACACAACAUACCAAGAGCUUAGACGCCAAAACCGUGAAGAACAUAUCAAUAAAAUGGCUGAAAAAUAUCGUAGGCCUCAAACAGCAGAUACAUUACCAGAGAGUGGACCUCUUCCUCAAGGUGCAGAAGAUUACCAUCCAAUUCAGCCUACACACAAGCUACAACCAUCCAUACGGACCACUGGGAAAAAGAAUCAGUAUGGAGAUGAUGUCGACGAAUAAUGGGUUUAAAAGAUAGGAAGGUGAAGUGUUUAAAUGCAACUUCAGUUCGGAUUCUGGUGUAUGCAUUUGGGGUUUAAGACUAGUUUGGGGUUUGACUUCUUGCACAACUGCAGUAUAUUUGUAAUGCUGGGGAAAAAAAAAAAACAUGGUUUUUAGAUAUCUAAUACUGGUUGGCUUGGCUGUAUUAUCUGGAUGGCAAGUUAUGUAAAAAAUAUACUGUGAUAGAACUCUUGCUGUCUCACGACAGACAUAGUUCAGUGAUCAAAUUUACAAUUGGAUUCCAUCUCGUGUAGUUACCUUGUCCACUCGCAGUUUCCUUGUGGUAAACAUAGCUUUCAUAAUUGUAGUUUCAAACAGAUUUAUCUAUGCCUUUUAGGAUUUCUUUAUAUUAAAGGGAAUUUUAUUUCUAAAUGAGGCAAUUCUUGAAUAUCAUGAUCAUGUAACAUUGCUUAUAUUCUGCUGCCUUAUUAAGCCAAGACUUUCAAGGAACAUAUUGUAAGAGCAGGCAACAAAUUGCCUUAUCAGAAAUGGCAAAGCAUGUGCCGAGUGAUUGUAUCUCCAGAGUGAAUUAUUAGCUAAUCUAGGCAGUAGAUAAUUCAGACUAGAAUCAAAACAAAUUGCAUAACUUGCUUAAAAAUAUCUAAGUGGAGGGUUCUAGAAGUCAUUGCAGUGCAUUAUAUAUAACCUUUAAUAAACAGCCAGUUAAGGCUAAUUUAUCAUACUGAUAGUUUGUUGCCUUAGGUUGUGAAUUAAACACACACUUUCUAUUCAUUCUUGUCAGAACGACUUUAAACAAAUUUGUACAACUGUAAAUAAAUUAUUAAAUGUU